CCCUUUACAUCACACCAGCUACAUAACAGACCACCGCUUUACACAGAUCAACACCUGAAUUAAGAGAGUAGAAUUUCCUUUUUAAGGAGAAGGAAAACCCUUGACAAAUAACUUUACUUUUCAAAUUUCCAAUCAAGACAAGAGGACACAUCAUAAGGAUGGGAUCUGCUGGGGUACAGAUUGUAUGUGUGGCCCUUGGGGUCCUGGGCCUGAUCGGGGGCAUUGUGUGCUGUGCCAUCCCUAGGUGGAAAGUGUCAUCAUUUACAGGACAGAACAUCGUAACGGCACAGGAAACUGAAGAGGGCCUGUGGAUGACCUGUGUGGUGCAGAGUACGGGCCAGCAGCAGUGUAAGAGCUAUGAGUCCCUGCUGAUCCUGCCAUCUGACCUGCAGGCGGCCCGCGCCAUGACCAUCAUCAGCUGCAUGGUCACCUCCCUGGCCAUCCUCAUCUUGUUCGCCGGCGCCGACUUCACCACCUGCGUGGAGAAUGAGGACAUCAAGCCCAAGAUCAGCCUUGUGGCUGGGAUCGCUCUGUUGGUGUCUGGCCUCCUCCUCAUCAUCCCUGUCAGCUGGUCCGCCCACAACGUCAUCAGCAACUUCUACAACCCCCUUGUGGCCCAGAAGAUGGAGCUGGGAACCUGUAUCUUUAUUGGCUGGGCUGCUGGGGUGCUGCUGAUUCUGGCCGGAGGCCUGCUCAUGUGCUUCAGCAGAGCCAAAUCUGGCAGCUCGGGAGGAACCGCCAAGUACUACGGCAACAGCGCUUCAGCCCCCGCUGCCAACAAGAACUACGUCUAGUGCAUGUAUUACACCUCUGUAUGUUUGUAUGUGUGUAGAGAGAUAGUUUGAUGUAUUACACCUCUGUAUGUUUGUAUGUGUGUAGAGAGAUAGUUUGAUGUAUUACACCUCUGUAUGUUUGUAUGUGUGUAGAGAGAUAGUUUGAUGUAUUACACCUCUGUAUGUUUGUAUGUGUGUAGAGAGAUAGUUUGAUGUAUUACACCUCUGUAUGUUUGUAUGUGUGUAGAGAGAUAGUUUGAUGUAUUACACCUCUGUAUGUUUGUAUGUGUGUAGAGAGAUAGUUUGAUGUACUACACCUCUGUAUGUUUGUAUGUGUGUAGAGAGAUAGUUUGAUGUAUUACACCUCUGUAUGUUUGUAUGUGUGUAGAGAGAUAGUUUGAUGUACUACACCUCUGUAUAUUUCUAUGUGUGUAGAGAGAUAGUUUGAUGUAUUACACCUCUGUAUGUUUGUAUGUGUGUAGAGAGAUAGUUUGAUGUAUUACACCUCUGUAUGUUUGUAUGUGUGUAGAGAGAUAGUUUGAUGUAUUACACCUCUGUAUGUUUGUAUGUGUGUAGAGAGAUAGUUUGAUGUAUUACACCUCUGUAUGUUUCUAUGUGUGUAGAGAGAUAGUUUGAUGUAUUACACCUCUGUAUGUUUGUAUGUGUGUAGAGAGAUAGUUUGAUGUAUUACACCUCUGUAUGUUUGUAUGUGUGUAGAGAGAUAGUUUGAUGUAUUACACCUCUGUAUGUUUGUAUGUGUGUAGAGAGAUAGUUUGAUGUAUUACACCUCUGUAUGUUUGUAUGUGUGUAGAGAGAUAGUUUGAUGUACUACACCUCUGUAUGUUUCUAUGUGUGUAGAGAGAUAGUUUGAUGGAAAGGAAAUGGGUCAGACAGAAUGAAAACAAGAAAGGGGAGGGGUUUAACCUUGAGGAUAAAGAAGGGACAUUAUUAGUGGAAAUAAUGGUUGUAAAUAUUGAAUAUUUCAAAAUAGUAAGACUGGUUUAGUUGUAGUUAAUCCAAGGGUCCAAUAUGGUGGUUCAAUUUAAAAUACACAUAUAUGUUUAUUUGUUUUGGGGGGGACUAACUCAAUAUACUAUAAUAUACUACAAAUCGGAACUGUGUAGAGAUGAUGAUGUACCUAAAUUCAUACAGUUUCUUAACUGUGUCCAGCUCGCUAAUAAUCACCUACAUGAAGGCUAGACAGUCAAGGAGCACCGGAAAUUCCAAAAACGGAAUUUGGAUAGAGGAAAUUAUUUUACAAAUUGUGACGGCGAGGAAAUAUAACCAAUUUUCAGUGUGGAUCUCCGGACCUCGUUGAAGACCAAAUGCAGCCCCCGGGGCAGAAGGAGUUUGACACCCUUGUUGUAAUGUGUUAUCUCGUUGAGUUUUUUAAUGCUGGGUGGCAUGCUUCUAUAAUGCCAUGAAUGAACAACAGAGAGCAAAGUGAGGGACUCAGUGGUCAUGCAUCUCAAAAUUCAGGUAUAGUUAAAUGACUGUAUAUAUCAUUUACAUCCAUGAGAUCACAACUUUUUAACUUAUGUAAAUCAGCUUGUCUUUUACUUUUGUGUAUCAAAUAAUAAAUACGUGUUUUUAUUUUA